AUGGUGCUUGAUCCUAUAGCAGAUGCUGUGAACAUAAAAGUAUCCAGAUCAAACAUCAAGGUUUGGAUUUCUGCAGCAGCUAACAAACUAAAAUCAAUAAUGGCAGUCGAAAUGAAACAAAAGCUGGUAUCUAUCAAAUUGGAUACUGCAUCACGGCAUGGUCGUCACGUUCUCGGAAUCAACGCACAGUACGAACUCAACGGAAAAUUGGUGAUUCGAACCUUGGGAAUGAUUGAAGUAGACCAGAGACGAACGCCUGUGUUUUUGUGUGAUAAAGUAUUGGAAACAUUGCGUGUCUAUGAUUUGAAGUUGGAGCAAAUCUUUAGCAUUACGGUGGACAACGGCAGCAACAUGGUUGCUGCCGUAAAAAAAAUUAAAUCUUUGCUGAAUGAGUCCAUUGCAGUAUCGACUUUAUUGUUCGAAGAUGAUGAGAACAUACCACAGGAAAGAGACCUCAUUGAAGAGCUUGAGCUAGAGUGGGAUGCACGGAUAUCCCUUGUUCGGUGCGCGGUUCAUUCCCUCCAACUUGCGAUUGCGGAUGUUUUUGAUAAAGCUGAUCCGAAUCUUAAAUGCAUCACGGAAGUAGUACGUCAUCUACGUCAAAUUAAAUAUAAAUCAUUCGUCGAGGUUCAACAACUUGCCCUCCCUCCGCUCUGGUCACCAACACGUUGGGGCGGUAAAUACAAAAUGUUGUCUAGCAUUUUAAAGCAAGAAGCGAAAUUUGUUGAACUGGGAACUCAGUAUUCUGAAAUGUGUAAAUUAAGACAAUUUAAUCGUUCCAAUAAAUAA